AUGGGCAAACUCUACGAAAUCGUGACGUUCAAGACCAUUGAUGGCAACUUUAUACGGGGCAGACUUUACCCAGCCGCUCAGCGAGGACCUGCCGUAAUUCUUACACCUGGCUAUAACGGGGUAGUGGUGAACUUUCCCCCGGGUGUACCGGAAGAAUUUCAAAAAGCAGGCAUCACCGCACUUGUGUACGAUCCGCGGAACACAGGCAAAAGUGGCGGUUUCCCUCGAAACGAUAUUGACCCUUUCAAGCAAGCAGAAGACUACUCAGAUGCGUUCACAUUCCUCAGCAAGCAACCCAUAGUGAAUCCUGAAGCCAUCGUAUUUUGGGGUCUUUCGCUAUCAGCUGGCAUCGCGUUGUCGAAUGCAGCAAUCGACCGGCGGAUCGCUGCAGUCAUUGCAAUAGCUCCAGUUUUCGAAUAUAGUCCUAUAAAGCCUUCGGAUGCGCAGAAACUGAAGUACAAGCUGAUGAAGGAUCGGGAGUCGCAGGUCAAUCAUGGAACUCCCCCCUACAUCCUUCCGAUUCUGGAGUCCGUGGCAUUCCUUCCCUUCAACUCCCACGUCAGCACCACCGAUGAAGAGCGGAGAAAGGAAGAGGACGAAUAUCACCGCCACCUAGCAAAUCAGUGGAAAGAAGAAGCUGGCGAAGACGCCGUCUUUGAUCCUGCGCUAACGCACAAUGCAUACGGUACGACAAUACAGUCAUAUCACCGGAUGUUCUUGUGGGAACCCAUACCUCUGGCGAUGGUUAAACACGUCAGCCCUACACCCUUGAUGAUCUUAACUCCCGAGUUGGACCAGAUUUCUGACCCCGCCCAUCAGACAGCGGUCUUCGAAUCACUACAAGGGCCAAAGCGACAAAUGAUUGCACCUGGAAGGGAGCACCUUUAUGUGUUAAAUGGGCCUAACAUGCCAGUCUUGGUGAAAUGGCAGACAGAGUUCAUUUGGCAGGUGGUCAGAGGACGCUUCAAAAGUCUUCCUGGAAAGACCGAAACGGAGAAUUCCAUUAGUGUCACCGUUAAUGGGGUCAAUGCAGCUAGUGCAUGA